AUGUCUUCCAGCUUCAAUCUCGGCAACUCCGGCAUUGCCGAUGAUGAGCUCCUCGAUCUGCAAAUCGACCAACAGAGCAAUGCCUUCGACUUCAACAACGGCAUGCAGCAAGGUUUCAUGAACCAGCAACAAAUGGCGCAGCAGAGUGGGAGCAUGUUUUCACACACGCCUGAUGGCGCACCAAUGCAUUCACCAUUCACGGGUGAGUUCAACUACGGCAAUUUCCGCUCCGCACCGGGUCAGCAGCAGUUUGGCGCACACAGCAUGCCACAGCAGCAAUCAGCCUUUCGACCGGGGGUGAAGCACGGCGAGCGUAAGGUGUCAGACUCUCGGUCACCUGGUACACCAAGCAUCAACCAUCUGCAGAUCACUGAUGACUACAAUCACCCGGGCAUGCAACCAAUUCAACAUCGACAGCAGAACUCGAUGGGUGCAGGUUGGGAUAGCACUCCCGAUGGUGCACACAGCUGGGGCGAAGCAUCACCAUUCCCAUCACCCUCCAACGGACAACCUAUACACCCUCAAAUCUCCGAGGUCCUCAAGAACAGCUCACAUCACCACAAAGUCGCAUCUUCGCUACCCACGAAGAUGGAGAACGGCGCGGGUCCUCCCUUCUCCACACAAGAGGCGAAGCGGAGACGUCGAAGGGAGUCUCACAACAUGGUUGAGAGGCGGCGUCGAGACAACAUCAACGAGCGAAUUCACGACCUUGGUACGCUCGUUCCACAGCACCGACUCGAAGACGAAAAGGUCCGCAAGCAUCUUCAAACGAACGCACCCCUCUCGCCAUCGAUUACGCACGCCACUGGCAUGUCACCUCCGAAUUCGGCGAGCACCUUGCUUGGAGGGGGCCAAAGCCGACGCACCGGAUCCGGGACAAUCACGCAGGGUCUCCCCAUGGAGGAGAAGGACAAGGGACCCAACAAGGGCGACAUCCUGAACGGAUCGGUCGCCUGGACACGAGACAUGAUGUGGUUCAUGCACAUGAAACUCCGACAGGAGGAAGAAUCCAAGGAGUUGAUCCAGCGGCUGGGAGGUACAUGGCCGUUUGAGGUCAGCGAGGAGGAGCAUCGCAUGCGGUCCGAGAUCUUGGAGGUCCUCAACAAGCACGCUCCGGUCGGUGGCUUCUCCGGAUACUCGCGAGCAGCCGGUUCCGGUCUACGCGUCCCAGGCUUCACCAACGUCGCAGGCGACACCAUUAACGAAGGUCCACAAUCCUCCAACGGUCUCUCAAUUCCCCCGAUCAGCCCCGGUUUCCAGUCUGGUGGCAGUGGCAUGAACAGCGGCAUGUCUCAGCACUUCUGGGGCGGCGGCGAUCUCAAGGAGGAAGACGAGUACGAAUUGAUGUAG